AUGGCGGACACCGAAUUGCCCACCCGUCCCAAGCCCGAGGAGACACCAGCGUCCGCCGCGCCCGCGGAAGGCGAUUCCAAGAACGCCAGCAAGAAUGCGCUGAAGAAAGCAGCCAAGGAAAAGGCUAAGGCUGAGAAGGCUGCUGCCCGCGCAGCUCAGGAGAAGGCCCAGGCCGCCGCCGCCGAGGCCAAUGACACCGCUAAGGACCUGUACGGCCCGAUUCCCGAAACCGAGGAAGUCAUUCCUACCACCCGAUUCAGCGAGCUUUCAGAGGAAUAUCAUGAGAAGGAGGUCACUGUUGUGGCGCGUGUUGACAAUGCGCGUGUGCAGAGCGCCAAGCUGGCGUUCUUGAUGCUGCGCCAGCAGGGACAGAAGGUUCAGGCCGUCAUUGCUGCCGCCGAGCCCAUCUCACGCCAGAUGAUCAAGUAUACCGGUGGAUUGAACGUCAACUCCAUCGUGCAGAUUACUGGUAUCGUGAAGAAGCCCGAGAUUCCUAUCUCGUCCGCGACCAUCAGCCAUCUGGAGCUCCACAUCCGCAAGGUGUACAUGAUCUCUGAGGCUGCGCAGAUGCUGCCCAUGCAGGUCAAAGAUGCCGAGCGUCCUCCCCCAACAGAGGCCGAGGAGGGCCAAGUCGACGCUGAAGGUGCUCCCAUUGUUACCCUCAAGACCCGUCUCGACAACCGUGUCCUCGACCUGCAGACGGAGACCAGCCAGGCCAUUACGUGGAUCUCCAGUGGUGUUGCUGAGUUGUUUGCCGAAUACAUGAUCAAGAGCGGCUCUCGGUGGAUUUUCACCCCCAAGCUGGUUGGAGCCGCUACUGAGGGUGGUAGCAAUGUCUUCGAGGUCAAGUACUUCAAGCGCAAUGCCUACCUUGCCCAGAGUCCCCAACUGUACAAGCAGAUGUGCAUUGCUGGUGAUAUGGAGAACGUCUUUGAGAUCGCCCCUGUAUUCCGUGCGGAGGACAGCAACACCCACCGCCACUUGACUGAGUUCGCCGGUCUCGAUUUCGAGAAGACCUUCCACCACCACUAUCAUGAGGUCCUGGACUUUGCCGAGGACCUCCUGGUCUUCAUCCUCACCCAGCUUAAGGAGCGCUACGCUGCUCAGAUCGCUACCAUCCAGAAGUCGUAUCCCAAGGCUGGCGACUUCAAGCUGCCUAAGGAUGGCAAGGCCCUGCGCCUAAACUAUAUGGACGGUGUUGCACUUCUGAAGGAGGCUGGUGUCGACAUGUCCGAGCAGGAGCGCUUCGAGAAUGACUUUUCCACCGCGAUGGAGAAGCAGCUUGGCCAUAUCAUCCGUGAGAAGUACGACACUGAUUUCUACGUGCUGGACAAGUUCCCUAUGGCGGUGCGUCCCUUCUAUACCAAGGCCGAUCCCAAGGACAGCCGGUUCUCCAACUCGUAUGACUUCUUCAUGCGUGGUGAGGAGAUUAUGUCGGGUGCUCAGCGUAUCAACGAUAUCAAGGAGCUGGAGGAGUCUAUGCGCACUAAGGGCCUUGACCCAACCCAGGAAGGCUUUGAGGACUACCUGAAUGCUUUCCGCCAAGGCUGUCCUCCACACGCUGGUGGUGGUCUGGGUAUGAACCGUAUUGUGAUGUUCUUCCUGGGUCUGCCUAAUGUGCGUCUGGCAUCGCUGUUCCCGCGUGACCCGCAGCGCCUGCGGCCAUGA